AUGGGCAAGAAGAUUAUAAAUUAUGUUGGCGGGGACAACUUACCUUUAUAUUCAACACCAGAACAAUCAUUGGAAGAAAGUAAACAACAAGAAGAAGAAGAACGUAGAAGAAAACUAAAAUAUGACUUAUACAUCCAAAAACAGCAACAAAUUCGGCGCAAAGAGAUUCUAAAAAAACAGAUGGAAGCUGCUGCUGCAGUUGCCUCUUCCUCGUCCGCAUCAUCAUCUCCCGUAUCAACAAGUAGAAUAAAUAGCUUAAAUAGUGAAGUGAGCAAUCAUAAUGGUAUGCCUAAUUCACCAAGUAAUAAACCAGCUUCAGUUGCGCCUUACAGACUUUCUUCUUCAAAUAUUAAUUAUACUGAUAGCUACAAUGGUAGCACAGGCAGUGUCAAUACAAACAAUAGUGACAGGCCACUGCCGCCUCCUUGUAGAACAAGACCGCCUCCGGAUAUAUCAAACUGCUCAACACAACCACACUCUAUACAAAAAACUUCACCGGAUACUACAGUUGCUGGCAAAAACAAUAAUAGUGAGGCUGUCGCCGAACUGGCAACCAAUUUAUUUCAUAGAUUCGAUGUUAAAAAGUCAGGAAGGUUAUCAGUUAGUGAUUUACAAAAAGUCUUACAAAACGAUGAUUCUUCGCCCUUUGGUUUUUCGUCAGUUGACUCCUUAGUGAAUUUAUUCGGAGUCAGUCGAUUUGGUAGCCUAAAUUUAAAUGAGUUUAUAUAUAUGUAUCAUAAGAUUAAAGGUUGGAGAGAAAUUUAUAUUGCAUGUGAUGUAAAUUUAUCGCAUACUUUAACUGUUUUAGAGUUUUCUCAAGCCAUCAAAGAUAUGGGGUACAGAAUCUCAGUUGAAGUUAUAGAAAACUUGUUUGAUCAGUUUGCGGAAUACAAGGAUGGAACAAAAUGUUUAAAGUUUGAUAAAUUUGUAGAAAGUGUUGUUUGGUUGAUAAGGUUGACGAAAGUUUUCCGGAAAUAUGACGAAAAUAGUAAUGGGAUAGCUAUAAUUCAUUACAAAGAUUUUAUUGAUAUUGCGUUGUAUCUGGGUAAAUUUUUACCUCAUUGA